GGGAUAAUAUUCAUUUUUUGCUUCCUCGAUGCUUUAAUUUGGUAGAAAAAAAUUCGAAAUUAUUUGCCAUUUCGGAUCCAAAAUUAUAUCUCUUUGCCGCUCUCCACCAUCACCCACUUGUUUAUUUCUUUUUCUCCUUUUCGUCUACAAAAAAGUCCUUCUCUCUAAUUAGGGUUUUUCGUGGAUCUCUUAUCCUUGCUGAUAGUUUCGGCUUUCGAUUUGUGAAUUUCAUUUUCUAGGGUUGGGGAAAUGACUUGCGAAGUGGUGGCAAUCGAUGACCCAAACGGUCAAGAUCUAGUGAAGAAGACCAAGAAGCGGAAGAGGGGCAGCAGCAAGAGCCCACAGGAUUUAGGGGCUGAGGAGAAAGAGGCUAAGAUUGAGUUGCUUCGCAAAGAGCUGGAUGGGUUGUUUGGGUACUACAGGGAAGUGAUGAGUCAGAGUUUAGGGUGCUUCGAUUUGGAGCAAGAAUGCGGUAACAACAAGGAUCUGAAAUCGGUGAUUGGGGCUUUGAUGGAAGAGAGUGGGCUGCCCUUGUCAAAGCUUGUUGACGAGGUCUUCCAGAAGGUCAAGAACGGAUAUGGGGAUGUGACGUUGGCCACGGUCAAGAAGAUUGUGCUCUUGGUUGGUCAGCGAGAAAUGUACGGCGUCCCUAAUGCUGAUGCCGAUGUCCUCGAGGACAAUUCUGAUUCCUGUCUUUGGUGCUGGGAGACAAGGGAUGUAAAGUUGAUGCCCGCUUCCGUGCGUGGAGUAUUGAAUAUUAGGCGUACCUGUCGAAGAAAGAUCAAUGAAAGGAUUACCGCUGUUUCUGCAAUGAUAAUGGCAUUACAAAAGCCGGAAAGUGAUAAAAGCUACAUUCAUGACCUGAUGAAGGCAUCAGAAAUGAUCGAUAAAGCUUCCUGUGAGGCAAAGAUUCGCUCAUUAAUGGACCGCCUAUCACUGAAAAAUAGUGCAGAUAUGGUAAAAAAGGAAGCCAAAAGAGAAGAGAAACUGCAAAUCAAACAAAUGGAGCAAGAUAAACGAGAAGCUGAGAAAGAGAAGCAAAGAUUGGAACGUGAACGUCAAAAAGAAGAGAUGCAAAAUGAGAAGGAUCAAAAGCGGCUGUUAGAGGAGUCGGAAAAACUUGAAAAGCGUCGGGAAAAAGAAGAGUCUGAAAUAAGGAAACUACGGAGGAAGCAGCAAGAAGAGGGCGAAAAAGAACAAAGGCGCCGGGAGAAGGAAGAAGCUAAACUAAAAGAUCAACUUUCCAUAAAAAAGCAAGCUUCAAUCAUGGAUCGUUUCCUUAAAAGAACCAAACCCAGCCCUGCGAGCCAGAAUGAUCAAUUACCAACUAAAGGAACCGUAUCUAUUUCAUCAAGUAUGAAAGAUGAAAACUUGUCUGACGCAGUUACUCAAUCAAUGGACCACACUCUUUCAUCUAAUGACAAAUUCAGUGCCGAGGAUAUCCGCAGGUUACACUUGUCUACUUGGCGCAGUUUAGGUCAUUCUAUUCGUUCAAACAGAAACCAAAGUUGGGGAAUACGUCGGAAGCCUAAGAUUGAGCUAUUUAAGGAACUCAAGCUUACAACCAGUAAAGGACUAGUUCAUGGUGAUGAUAGCAUGGAAAAACUUGUAGAUAGAUGGGGUGAAUCUGUUAAUUAUGACAGAUCAUGUCAUGUUCUGGCUGAUGUUAAGAAGUUCAAAUCAAGAAAGCAGUUGUUACAAUUUGAUAAGAGCCAUAGACCUGCAUUUUAUGGUAUAUGGUCCAAGAAAAGUCAUGUUGUUGGACCGUGUCAUCCUCUAAGGAAAGACCCAGACUUGGAUUAUGAUAUUGAUAGUGAUGAGGACUGGGAAGAGGAGGAUCCUGGUGAGAGCCUCUCUGAUUGCGAUAAAGAAGAUGAGGGAGAAAGUUUAGAAGAGGGAUGUUCAAAAGCUGAUGAUGAAGACGAAAGUGAAGAUGGUUUCUUUGUACCAGAUGGGUAUCUCUCAGAAAAUGAGGGAGUAGAAGUGGACAGGAUGGAAACUGAAAUCUCAUGUGAGGAGACCAAAUCACCCAGUUGUAAGCAAGAUUCAGAGAGUGAUAAAUUUUCUUCUUUGUUUCGGCAGCAAAAGUAUUUAGGAAAUUUGACAGAACGUGCUCUUCAGAAAAAUCAACCUUUAAUCAUAUCAAAUUUGAUGCAUGAGAAGGCAUCUUUGUUAAUAGCUCAAGAUCUUAGUGGUACUCUUAAGAUGGAACAGAUGUGCUUGCAAGCUCUAAGUAUGCAUGUGUUUCCUGGUGACUCAUUGGUGGAGAUAUCAGUUGAUGGCAUGCAAGAAGAAGACCCGGAGGUUUACAUGUCAACUGGCAAGUGCAGUAUUAAACCAAGCUCUGCUGUGGCUGUUAUACCGGAAUCAGAUCUGCCUGCAAUUGUGUCUGUCAUUCAGUCAUGCUCCCAAAGUAUCAAUAAGGUGUUACAAGCUUUGCAGCAGAAGUUCCCAGCUGCGUCAAAGACUCAGUUAAGGAAUAAAGUGCGAGAGAUAUCAGAUUUUGUGGAUAACCAUUGGCAGGUUAAGAGAGAAAUUCUGGAGAAAGUUGGCUUGUCAAUGUCUCCCGAAAAGAGCGCUGGACUGCCCAAAAGUAUUACUGCCUUUUUCUCAAAAAGGUGCUUGCCACCCAAUGGUAAAGGUAUCAACCCAAAUGAAACCUCACCUCAGCAAGCAGUGAAGCCCGGUUCUGCAGUUGAAGGGCAGCAAAGUUGCUUAUACAGAGAUUGAUAACAUCUUGUUUCUGCUGUUUAGGUUUGUAGCUUUGGUAGUUCCUAGUUUUGUUGUGCUAUAUGUCCAUUUUAAGCCCAUGCCCAUGGCGUGUGUUCAACGAUAUUCUGAUAUCUUGAAUCUCAUGUGGGCUUGUUGUAAAUGUUUUUGUUUCAAAUAGUAAAAUAUAACGUAGUGGCACUCCUUGUCACACUGCAU